CAGACCAUCAUCUCACUGAGAGGUGUUACGACGAUAUUUGUGGUAUUCAGAACGAAGUGUUACCAGAAGACAAUACGAUGGUAAACAACUUUUACGAAACGAAAAAACAAAUAGCUGCUCUUGGAUUACCUGUUGAGAAGAUAGAUUGUUGUCCUAACAGAUGUUUGAUAUAUUGGGGGAAUAAUGCGAAUGCAACUUGCUGUUACGUUUGUGAAACUUCUAGAUGGAGAAGAAACAGUAAGGGUGAUAAGGUUUCGUGGAAACAAUUUCAUUAUUUUCCCCUAGGGCCCAGAUUACAAAGAUUGUAUGCUUCAGAGGCAACAGCUAGGCAUAUGAGGUGGCAUGCAGAGCACCGCACUAAGGAUGGAGAGAUGAUACAUCCGUCCGAUGCUGAAGCAUGGUUGACAUUUAACGACAUUCAUCCAGACUUUGCAUUGGAGACUCGAAACGUGCGGCUUGGUCUGUGUACAGAUGGUUUUAACCCAUUUGGAAGUUCGGGUCAACAGUAUUCAUCGUGGCCUGUCAUUUUAACACCGUACAAUCUUCCGCCAUGGAUGUGCAUGAGGAAGCCGUAUAUGUUCUUGACCGUGAUUGUCCCUGGGCCGAGUAACCCAAAGCACAACAUUGACUUAUAUCUUCAACUACUAAUACAAGAGUUGAAUAUGUUGUGGGAGGAGGGUAUUUGUACAUUUGAUGUGUCAAGAAAGGAGAAUUUCCAACUACGAGCAGCUUUAAUGUGGACGAUCAAUGACUUUCCGGCUUAUUCGAUAUUGUCCGGGUGGAGUACUGCGGGCCGAUAUGCUUGCCCUUACUGCAUGGAUGAUUCCCAAGCUUUCUACCUUACGCAUAGCAAGAAGGUGUGUUGGUUUUUUUAGAGUCAAUGAAGAAGAUGCACCGGAACAUAAUGAAGAGGCUAGUAAGUACUCUGCUGGAUGGAAGAAGAGGAGCAUAUUCUGGGACUUGCCAUAUUGGAAAACUAACACGAUUCGACAUAAUUUGGAUGUUAUGCACAUAGAGAAGAAUGUUUUUGAUAACAUUUUCAACACUUUGUUGUGUGUGCCAAGUAAAACAAAGGAUCACAUCAAGGGAAGACACGAUCUGCGUGAACUUGGUAUACGUUCAGAAUUGCAUCCUAUAGGUACGUCUAUUCCUAGAGCUUCCUAUACAUUAAAUGAAGAACAGAUACGUGCCUUGCUUCAAUGGUUGAAGAGUAUUAGAUUUCCCGAUGGUUAUGUCUCCAAUAUGGCAAGGAAUAUUGAAAUGGCCAAGCAUCAAUUGUUCGGCAUGAAAAGUCACGACUGUCAUGUUUUCAUGCAAUGCUUAAUUCCAAUUGCAUUCAGAGAAUUGCUACUGGUGAAGGUUUGGGAAGCUCUUACAGAGUUGAGCUUAUAUUUUAGAAGUUUGACAACCACAAAGCUAUGUGUGGAGGAUUUGAGGAAAAUGGAAGCAGAUAUUCCGGUUAUCAUCUGCAAACUAGAGACUAUCUUUCCGCCCACAUUCUUUGAUAGCAUGGAGCACCUUCCUAUCCAUUUGGCAUAUGAGGCUAGAAUUGCAGGACCGGUCCAAUACAGAUGGAUGUAUCCAUUUGAGAGGUACCUUAGACAUUUGAAACUGAAUGUCAAAAAUAAAACUCAUGUUGAAGCGUCGAUAUGCAACGCAUAUUUAACCGAGGAAGCAUCGCAUUUUGUUUCCCAUUAUUUUGAGCCACAUGUGCGAUGUAGGGUCAGAGACCUUCCUAGGAAUGACGAUGGAAGUUACAACAAUGUUGUAACUGGUGUAUUCACAAUCUUCAGUCAUCCAAUAAGAUUUCAUGGAAAAGGAGUAGCAUAUAUUUUGGAUGAAAGAGAUACAUAGAUACGUGUUAAUGAAUUGUCCAGAAGUGGAUGUAUUUGUAUCUGAGUUUA